AGUCUCUUCACGUCCUUUGUUGGUCUUUUUGGUCUUCUUUUCGAUAUCUCGUCAAAUUUCUGCGCGACGCCAUGGCUGCCAAAUCGCAAUUGCCGACCGUCAACACCCCCGUGUCGGCCGACCCUCCCAAGGCGGCCCUCCACCCAGCUUUCUACAUCGCUACCUGGAUCGCCCUCAGUUCGGGUGUCAUCAUCUUCAACAAGUGGAUUCUUCACACUGCUGGAUUUAGUUUCCCUCUCUUCCUCACCACAUGGCAUCUCGUCUUCGCCACCAUCAUGACCCGCCUCAUGGCGCGGUUCACCACCUUGCUCGACUCCCGUCACCAGGUGCCCAUGACCUCUCGCAUCUACAUGCGGGCCAUUGUCCCCAUCGGCGCAUUCUUCUCUCUCAGUCUGAUCUGCGGUAACCUCGCAUACCUCUACCUCAGCGUGUCCUUUAUCCAGAUGCUCAAGGCCACCAACUCUGUCGCGACGCUGCUCGCAACCUGGGCCAUGGGCAUUGCGCCGGUGAAACUGAGCCUGCUCGGAAAUAUCUCAUUCAUUGUUCUCGGUGUUAUCAUCGCUUCUAUUGGUGAAAUCAAGUUCACCUUGAUCGGAUUUAUCUGCCAAUUCUUCGCGACCAUCUUCGAAUCCGUCCGUCUGGUCAUGGUGCAGCGUCUGCUCAGUUCCGCCGAAUUCAAGAUGGAUCCGUUGGUUUCGCUCUACUAUUUCGCUCCCGCCUGCGCGGUCAUGAACGGCAUUAUCACUGCCGUGGUCGAGCUCCCCACCCUGCACAUGUCUGACAUUUACCAGCUUGGCAUUGGCACUUUGUUCGCCAACGCUGCCGUGGCCUUUGGACUUAACGUUGCCGUCGUUUUCUUGAUCGGCAAAACUUCCGCUCUUGUCCUCACCCUGUCCGGUGUCCUGAAGGAUAUUCUCCUUGUUGUGGCCUCGAUGAUGAUCUUCCGCGACCCCGUCACCCCUCUCCAGGCUUUUGGAUACGCCAUCGCGCUUGGUGGCCUGGUUUACUACAAGCUUGGAAAGGAUGGUGUGAGCAAUCUUCUUGCUCAAAUCCGGUAUCAGCUUUGUGGCGGUGCUCGUCCUCAAAACUAGUGGUUGUGAGUAGCUUAGCUGAAAGUCAUUGUGUUCCGGAUUUAGAAUGUACAUAGAAACGGGCAGGCCCAAUGUAUCUUCUACUUGCUAUGUC